AAUGAGGUAGUGGGUGACAAGGAAUAAUUCCUGAGUCCCACUAAAUAUAUCUUUGGUUCCUUGGCAAUUUGUAUACAUCUCAUCAAAUUAUCUUCUUCGUCUUCAUAUCUCUGGCUCCGUCUUGAACAAUUUAUCUGAUUUAUAUAUUGGGCCAGAUAAAAUUGGACUUUCUUGUACUAUUCAAAUAAUAUUGGAUUAAAUAAAAUCCCUAAUCCAUCAGGUCUACUCAUACUAUUACUAUAUUUAUAUGCCCUGACCUUGGUUAUCUCUUAAAUUAAAAUACUUCCUCCUUCGGAUAAUAAUAUUCUAGUUUUGGAUUACGAUAUUUUGUCCGAAAUUACGAGCCACCGUCGCGCAGAUAGGAGCGAUCACUACGAGUCGCCGCCACCGUCCAGUGCAGAACUUCGUCCAGCCGUUAGAUCCCCACCCACGUGCAGUGCGGAAGGAUUAAAAAAGAAGUGGGGAAGGGACAGUGGGCCGAUUAUUUCAAUUGGUCAGUCCACUAUUCUUUUUUUGGCAGUUUGGCUUGAAUUUGGUGUUAUUCGUGGGCUGUAAUUGGUGGGUGGAUAUUGGGCUGAUUUGUUUUGGCUAAUUUAAUCGGUGUGGUGGGCCUGAUUUUCUGACGAAAUUACCAAGAUCUGAAAUUAGUUGUACCGGGUAUCUCGUCUAGUCGUGUGAUAUGACAGAAGACGGGAAGUUCCAAAUUAAGAAGUUCGAUUGUACAGAUUUCAGUUGGUGGAAGAUGCAAAUUGAAGAUUUGCUCGUUCAAAAAGAUUUGGAUGUGGUUUUGGGUGACAAGCCAGAAAAGAUGUCAGAUGCAGAUUGGGCAGGUUUGGAUCGGAAAGCAAUGUCCGUGAUCCGUCUCUCGUUGACCAAGAAUGUUACGUUCAACAUUCUGAAGGAGAAGACAGCGAAGGGAAUUAUGGAAGCGCUGUCUAACAUGUACGAGAAGCCAUCUGCAGCGAACAAAGUUUUUCUGAUAAGAGAGCUGGUGAACACAAAAAUGAAAGAAGGCACUUCAGUUACCGAGCAUAUCAACAAGUUGAAUUCGAUCUUAGCCAGACUAUUGUCAGUGGGCAUUAAGUUCGAUGAUGAAGUUCAAGCUUUACUACUGCUAUCGUCUUCACCUGAUAGUUGGUCCGGAACAGUUACUGCAGUUACCGGUUCAGUGGGACCCGAUGGAUUCACCUUUGAUCAGAUUCGAGAUUUCGUUCUUGGCGAGGAUGUCAGAAGAAAGAGUUCAGAGGAGUCAUCUGGUGAAUUGCUUCAUGUUGGUAGAGCAGAAGAAAUAGCAGAGGUAGUGGGAGCAGGAACAGACGAAGGAGUCAGUCAAAGACUCGGGAUAGCUCAGGUGUACCGUGCUGGAAGUGCAAGGAGGUGGGGCAUUUUAGGAAUCAAUGCCUGAACCCCAACCCGCGUAACCCGAACCAACGGGUUAGCGAACCGGGUUGUUAUUAAAUUGGUAUUCGCAUGCAUAAUGUUUUUUUAAAACAAAUAACCAACUGAUUAAAUUAUAAAUUCAUCCGUGGGAGCUUAAUGCUAAACCAAAAUUUAUCGGAGUAAUAAAACAAGUCCAAAAGUCGCGGAAGCAUAAUUAAACCAAAGUAACGUCCAACAAUCCAUAUAAGCAAAUAAAAUAAUGUAGUUUUAUUACUAAAGUAAACAAGAGCCAUCCACGCCACCACCACUUCACUGCCCUCCGGGUUGCCCAUCAAAUUCCGUGUUCCUACCUGCGUGCAGUCAAACAACAACGACUACACGCUCAGCGAAACGCUGAGUGAAAAUAUACCUAAGCUAGCAUUAAGUCACAGAAUAGCACCACAUUAACAUACAAUCCACAACAGCAUGUGAUCACGGAGGAAAAAAAAUAGCUUAAAUAAACAUAUUUAUAUUAA